GUGUUGUACAACGAAUUCGCAAACUAGCGUGCUGUAGCAAUAGUCCAUUUUUUAGUCGCUACCUUUUUUCGACGGGAGAAUUUUUGACAGACGCUAAAAAAAAUUAAUUAUGGCCAGCACAGACAUCCCGAUGGAAGCAGCAGUGGAAAACGCGACCGGCCUCACGCCCAAUUCAAACAAUGUGCUGAAGAAGCUGCCCGCCAGCGGCACGGAUUCUUCCACCGGAGCCAACGCUAACGCCAAUACAAAUGCUAAUGCCGAUGAGAUGACAUCGCGGGACUACUAUUUCGACUCCUACGCUCACUUCGGCAUCCACGAGGAGAUGCUCAAAGACGAAGUGCGCACCGUCACAUACCGCAACGCCAUGUACCACAACAAGCAUUUGUUCCAGGGAAAGACUGUUCUUGAUGUGGGUUGCGGUACAGGUAUACUUUCAAUGUUUGCCGCUAAAGCCGGCGCCGCCCAGGUCAUCGCAGUGGAUUGCUCCAACAUUAUUGAGUUUGCCCGCCAAGUAGUCAUUGACAACAAUCUUCAGGAUGUAAUCAAGGUUGUCAAGGGCAAGAUUGAAGAGAUCGAACUGCCGAAUGGUAUUGAGGGAGUGGACAUUAUUAUUUCGGAAUGGAUGGGCUACUGCCUUUUCUACGAGUCCAUGCUGGACACAGUGCUGUACGCGCGAGACAAGUGGCUUAAGCCCGGCGGCAUGAUGUUCCCAGAUCGUGGAACUCUUUACAUUACUGCCAUUGAGGAUCGGCAGUACAAGGAUGAGAAAAUUAACUGGUGGGAUGAUGUAUACGGCUUUGAUAUGAGCUGCAUCCGUAAAGUGGCUGUGACUGAACCAUUAGUGGACGUGGUUGACCCCAAACAAGUAGUAUCGACAUCGUGCAUGGUCAAGGAAGUCGACCUCUACACCGUCCAGAAGGCGGACCUCAACUUUGCUUCACAGUUUAGUUUGACAAUCAAGCGCAAUGAUUUCGUCCAGGCGCUGGUCACAUACUUCAACAUCGAGUUCACAAAGUGCCACAAGCGACUCGGUUUUAGCACGUCGCCCGAUUCCACAUACACACAUUGGAAGCAGACGGUGUUCUACUUGGACGACCAAAUGACUGCAAAGAAGAAUGAAGAGAUCACCGGUACGUUCCAGAUGAAGCCCAACGAGCGGAAUAAUCGCGACCUCGACUUUGUGAUCGACAUUAACUUCAAGGGCGAGCUGUCGGAGAUACAUGAGACGAACACAUACCGUAUGCGCUAGGUCUGCCAUAAAAAUCCCGAUUUGCAUUGUGGACUGGGGCUCAGAGCCCGCAGAAAGGUUAUAUAAAAAUGACUAGACGUAAGGUAUAUUCCAGUGCGAAAUGUGCAACGAAUUGUGUUGCGUCUUCUCUUAAGUUUAAAGUGUACCUUUGUUAGUAUACAACAUAAUUUUACGAUUGUGCGCCUGUUUAAAUUAUUAUCCGAUCGUACGUUUGAGGAAAGUUGUACAGUAGCACGUCAAUUCUCACAUAAUAAACUGUGUGCAUCAUGCAUGUCACUUUUUGCUGGAAA